CUGUUCGAUAGUAAGAAGAAAACAUUCAGAGAUUCUGAUAGUGCUCGCUAUCAUGACCUACAACGAGGUGUCUUAUCUCCAUCAGCAGAAAUAAGACGGAAUUCCCCGUUUUCUACAAGUUCUUUUUACAGACUUGGCGGGGAAUGUCUUCCAUUACCGUAUCCCGAGUCAUACUGGCUGAGUAUCGCCACCGACACAGUCACUCAUUACUCACUGGGUGCUUACAACCGUGAAGACAAGCUUGUUGGUGCAAUUGGUGUGAUACGAAAUGUGAAAGAUUACUUCGCUGUAAAUUGUCUCCACCCUGAAGAGCAGAAACUGAUCAGUAACUUUAGAAGGACCUGUUAUAUUACGACGUUAAUGGUGGCAUCAGAGUACAGAAAGAUCGGCAUUGGUACUCAACUAUUACAACGUGCCAGUACAGUCCUAUUACAAGAAGGCAGUCAGUUAAUAUAUCUACAUGUACUACACACAAACCUGCCCGCAAUCCGCCUUUAUGAGAAAAUGGGAUAUGAAAGAGUUGCAGAAAUUCCAAAUUACUAUACGAUCAACGGCGUACAGGAUGUUGGCGUUAUCUAUUGUCGACGUUUGGCUCCCGCAGGAUGUCAGCAGUGCCUGGGCAACGGAGGCUGUUCGAUAUCGUAG